AUGGCUGGCAGGAUUCGUUUUGCCACCCAUAUCUCGCCUUUUCAACGAAUUCUCUUAACCAUCGUUUUCGGCUUCAUAAUUGGAUUGGGACUUGCCUUUGUUCUUUAUGAACUUUCUGAAAUUCUAUCUGUUUCAGAUGUGCACACGCAUCACUUGCACCCCCAUUUCGACAGAGAUGAUCAUGCGGAUUCCUCAUUUGUUGAUGUUGGACCUCUUAAGCAUCACGAACACGAAAAUGAGAACACGACAAUCCAGAAAAAAUUAUAUGAUGAAGUUAGAGUUCUUUGUUGGAUCAUGACGAACCCGAAAAAUCACAAGUCAAAAGCGAAACAUGCUUUGAACACUUGGGGCAAGCGAUGUAAUAAAGUGUUGAUCAUGACAAGUGCCGUGGAUGACGAAUUGGAUGUUGUAGCGUUGCCUGUACAAGAAGGCAGGAACAAUUUGUGGGCAAAAACGAAGGAAGCGUUCAAAUAUAUUUACAAUAAUCACUUUAAUGAUGCUGAUUGGUUCCUGAAAGCCGAUGAUGACACCUACGUCGUCGUCGAAAACAUGCGUUACAUGUUACAUCCUUACCCCCCGGACUACCCAAUUUACUUUGGAUGUCGUUUCAAGCCGAUUGUCAAGCCUCAAGGUUACAUGUCAGGCGGCGCUGGAUAUGUCAUCAGCAAGGAAGCUCUUAAGCGAUUCGUUGAAGAAGCUCUUGUCGAUCCAAAGAUGUGUCGUUCUGACAAUGCCGGAGCUGAAGAUGCCGAAUUUGGGAGAUGCAUGCAAAAUGUCCACGUUGUCGCUGGAGAUAGUCGCGAUGAUCAAUUUCGUGCAAGAUUUUUCCCAUUUGUGCCUGAAGGACAUUUAGUUGCUGAUCCAAAUCAUGAUUGGUGGUAUUGGAGAGCAAUUUAUUACAACAUCACAGAGGGAAUGGAAUGUUGUUCGGAUACUGCGGUGUCAUUUCAUUACGUAAAUCCCGAGCUAAUGUACGAAAUUGACUUUUUGGUGUAUCAUAUGAGGGUUUUUGGCAGGACAUGGCACAAGGAACCGCUGAAAAAGAGACUUAAUUUCAUGCAAAUGGAUGAAAGAUUCAAAGGAAAAUAA